UGCCACUCAAACCCUUAAUUAUUUCUUUAUUAGACAUGCACCCCACAAUCUAUUGAUCCAAAUUACACCAAAAAAAAGGGAAAAGAAAGAAAGAAAGGGAACAACAAAAAAAAACCUCUCUAUUCUCUUCCCUUUUCCUUUCAUCACAAAGCCAAGCUUCCCCCAAUUCAAAGAAGAAAAAGAAGAGAGAGAAAUCCCAUCUCUUGUUUGCUUCAAAAUUUUGGUGUUUUUUUUGGUAGCAAACAAAAGAUUGGAUUCAAAAUGGUUAGAGCUGUCAUCCACCAACCAAAUUUGCAACAUUCAAGAUCAUUCCAUUUGAAGAGAGUUGUGGAGAUUCCUGGAAGACAAACACAUAGCUUGAUUUUGGAGAGUGGAGAAGAGAGUGAUGCGUCUAGGCAUUCUCUCCAACCCGAACAAAUCGGAUGGGCGUUGAGCAAUAAUAACAAGGAUCCCGUUUCGUGCUUCGAUACACGUGGUAUCAAAGCAAGAGGCCCUCGGUGUCAGCCUAAGUCAGAAUUGGAAUUAAUGAUGGCAAAGUUUGCUAAAUUGCUAUUGGGGGAGGAUAUGUCGGGAGGAGGAAAGGGUGUUUCUUCUGCUCUUGCAUUAUCCAAUGCCAUAACAAAUCUAGCAGCAUCUACUUUUGGGGAGCAAAAGCUCGAGACACUAUCUCCGGAGAAGAAAGCAAGAUGGAGAAGAGAAAUAGAAUGGUUUUUAUCAGUAACCGACCACAUUGUUGAAUUUGUCCCUUCAAAACAGAAGUCAAAGGCUGGAAUAGACAUGGAGAUCAUGGUGACCGUACAAAGGAAAGAUUUGCUCAUGAGCAUUCCAGCACUUACAAAACUAGAUGUUAUGUUAAUUGGUUUCCUAGAUCAAUUUGGUAAACAACAAGAAUUUUGGUAUGUAUCAAGAGAUGAUGAAUCUGCUAACGAUAACACACAACAGAGAAAUGGAGACAAAUGGUGGCUACCAGCCGUUAAAGUACCUCCCAAUGGGCUAUCAGAAGCUAAUAGAAAAUGGCUGCUAUUUGUAAAGGAAUCUGUGAACCAAAUCUUAAAAGCAGCCAUGGCCAUAAAUGCUCAAGUUUUAACAGAAAUGGAAGUACCUGAAAGCUACAUUGAGUCUCUCCCCAAGAAUGGAAAAACAAGCUUGGGAGAAGCAAUCUACAGGAGCAUAACAGAAGAUUAUUUUAAUCCUGAUGAAUUCCUGAAAUCAAUGGAUUUGUCUACAGAGCACAAAGUUAUUGAUCUUAAAAACAGAAUUGAGGCCUCAAUUGUGAUAUGGAAGAGGAAAAUGCACCACAAAGAUGGAAAGUCCUCAUGGGGUUCAGCAGUAAGCUUUGAGAAAAGAGAGAUUUUUGAAGAGAGAGUUGAAAGCAUAUUGUUCUUAAUCAAACAAUAUUUUCCUGGGAUUUCUCAAUCUUCUCUUGAUAUGUCCAAAAUCCAACAUAACAGGGAUGUAGGACAAGCAAUCCUAGAAAGCUAUUCAAGGGUAAUAGAAAGCCUGGCUUUUAAUAUGAUGUCUAGGAUUGAGGAUGUACUUUAUGCAGAUACCAUUGCUCGAGAAUUGUCGAUCAAGCAGUCCUUGAAGAAUCUGCCUGUGGAUGAAGAAGACAAAUCGAGAUCUAAUGACUCUGAAGCUUCAAAGACACUCUCAGAUUUCAUGGGUUGGGAUGUUGACAAAGACAAUCCUAAUUUCGGAUCAUUGGCCAAUGAAGAGAGUUGUUGGAAACAACAAGAAGACAUUGAUUUUAUGAGUAAACCUGCUAAAAUUGCAACACAAAAAAGAUUUUCCUACUUAGAGAAGCUCGAGAGUCUAAGUGCUUUAAGAAGUCCAACUGCUCGUCACUAAUCAAAUGGUAGUAUCCUCCACAGAGGGAAAGUUAUUCAAUGUGAUCGCCACGUCGUGGCUGCUACUCAUUACACCGUUGGAUGUAUGACUAACUAGUGCUGUUAGUUUCUCUCCUACAUUCAACGGUAUAAAACAGUCAGCCACAGGUUUAGGGAGAUUGGCAAAAAAAAAAAAAAAAAAAAAAAAAAAAAAAAAAAAAAAAAAAAAAA